CUCUCUCCUCCCCCUGCCCCAUCUCCCCGACCGAUUCUCCUUCUUCACCUUCUUCUUCUUCAAGUUUCGGUUUUUUAUUUUAUUUAUUUAUUUAAUCGUCUUUCUCCUUCAGAUCGCGCCAUAGACUCCUCUCUCUCUCUCUCUCAGAGUCCAAUCCGAGACGGCAUAGACUCCUUCUUCAUCCCCCACCACCACCACCACCACCACUGCCCCACUGGUUCCAUAUUUUAUUGCAGCCGUCGUCUUCCGCCGUGACGGGAAGCCGGUUGCUUCACGUCUGGUGAGACCCCCCCGUCCCGGCCCCCAUCAAUGGAACAGGAUUGACGUCCGCGGGAAGAAUUCCGGGUGCUUCCCAAAUUGCUGCCAGGAGUGGAGGGACGAUCCCAUUUUUCGAUCAUUCGGCUCCGGGCAGCUGUUUCUCUAGUUGGGUUCGGCUCUUUUCGGUGUUUUUCCGCAAUCUUCUUCGUUUCCGUCGGGUCCCAGGAAGAGGGUCGGCGGUUUUCGGCCUCGAAUCUCCCGAAAACUUGGGGAUUUGAUUGAUUCUUCCGGCGGAGACAAAACGGCGACGAAUAAAGGCAUCGUGGAGAUACGGCGGGGCUCGGAUGCACAGUGUUUGGUAGGACUGGACUGCUUGCUGAACAUUUGCAAGGCCGUUUCGUUGGGGAUGGGUUCGUGUCUCUCCGGGGCAGAGGCGAGCUCGGUCCCCUUUGCCCCGGCAUCUUCGUCAGGCAGCGCCAAGGCGAAGAGCUCGUCUCGGAAGAGGCAGAUGAGGAAAAAUUCCUCGUUCGAGUCGAAGAUGGAGAUGUGGCUGUACCGGAUUCCGGGAAGGAUAUUCUUGAACGGGUCCAGCGAUGCCGCGUCUCUGUUCACCAGGCAGGGCAAGAAAGGGAUUAACCAGGAUGCCAUGAUUGUUUGGGAGAAUUUCGGCUCCAAGACAGAUACUAUACUUUGUGGUGUUUUUGAUGGCCAUGGCCCAUUUGGCCACAUGGUAGCUAAGAAGGUUAGGGAUUCACUCCCUUUGAAAUUGAGUGCUCUAUGGGAAUUGAAAGUCGGCAGCCCAGAUGGGCAUAUUGACUUCAGCAGCAGUGCCAUGGGAAGUAUGAACUCGGAAGAGACCUCAAUAAAGACUAUCGAGGAUCUGAAGACCUUUCCGAAGCUCGAGUUUGGUGAGAAUCAUUCUGAUACUAUUCUCACAUUGAAGGAGUCGUUCGUGAAGGCCUUUAAGGUUAUGGACAAAGAGCUCAAACUUCACCCACAGAUAGAUUGCUAUUGCAGUGGGACAACUGCAGUCACCUUGGUCAAACAGGGUCAUGAUCUUCUGAUUGGAAAUGUUGGCGAUUCUAGAGCUGUGUUGGGUACCAGGGACAAAAAUAACUCUCUUAUUGCUGUCCAGUUGACUGUAGACCUCAAACCGGAUCUUCCAAGAGAAUUAGAGAGAAUCAGGCUGUGUAGAGGGAGAGUUUUUGCUCUAAAGAAUGAACCUGAGGUUGCACGAGUAUGGCUUCCCAACUGUGACUCUCCUGGCCUUGCCAUGGCUCGAGCAUUCGGAGACUUCUGCCUUAAAGACUUUGGUUUGAUUUCCAUACCGGAGAUUUCUUAUCGAUGCCUCACUGAUAGGGAUGAAUUUGUAGUGUUGGCCACUGAUGGGAUUUGGGAUGUCCUCUCAAACAACGAAGUUGUAGACAUAGUGGCCUCAGCACCGAGGUCAAGUGCUGCAAGAACCUUAGUUGAGUCAGCCAUUCGAGCUUGGAGGUUCAAGUAUCCAUAUGCCAAGGUUGACGACUGUGCUGUGGUUUGCCUCUUCCUCGAUUCAAAUUCGAGCAGUCAUGCUACUUCCCAAUCCGCAUCCAAUGAGCAAAUAGUAUCUCCUCAAAAGAACCCUUGAAAGCGGUAAUGCCCUGUGGUGAGUAGGCCUCAGGGUUUUGAAUAAAAAAAGACGUGGGGGUUCGACAUCAUCUGAGGGCUGCCCUUCUUGGUAGGGGCUCUCUGUGAUGUGGUGUUUCAAGGUCAGCAACCUGAUGAUCUUUUUGAUAAUUCUUCAUCAGUACAUAGAAUUCUUCAAUAUCUUACUUGAUUCUUUUACCAGUUGUAUUCAUAAAUGAAGAAAGUGAGGAUGAAGGACUUUUUCUUCUUUUUAUCUUCUUUUCCAUAUUUUGGGGUGGAGGGUCUUGUGAAUUAUUGGCUGGGGAGGUGGGCACUGGCCUUUGUUUUUGUCCUGGGUCGGCUUGUUGUUCCCAGCCUUCCUUUGGUUUCUCCUGUAAUUUUAUUCUUAUUGGGAAGUGGAAGCAUUGAAAGUGAUAUCUUUUGUUUUUCGGAUUUGAUUUCUUGAUGUCAUAGCUGUCGUUAUAUGUCUU